GACAAAAAAAUGGUAAGUAUAGCCAAGUUUGAGUUGAGUUUGGGAUGUGGCUUUUGCUGCACACACAGCACACUACACUAUGGUCUAUUAUCUAUAAUCUAUAAUCUAUUCUAUGGCUUUUAUUUGAUUUCAUCAAAGCUCAACUGAACCAACCAAGACCAUUAAUGACCACCAUUAAAUAAUUUUGAAAGGUGAUAUCAAAAAGCAACCUCAAGUGUCAGUUUUAGCGUGCAUUACUUAACAACUUUGUUACUCCUGUGUGUGUCUUGUUUUAUGUUUGUGUCUCACUCUUUACCAAAAAUUCAAUGUUGUGGUACACACUGUUUUACCAAAAAUUUUAGACCCAAAUGAAUUAGGAAAGUGUGCCAAACCAAGCAACAAAAGAAAAAGUAUGGUAUAAUAAUUUUGAAUAUGUUUUAACAUUUCUUAACUGUUUUGUAUUCUGUGUACUCAUUCUCUGAUUGUUUCUGCUGUUUUCUCUUCACCCUUCUUCUGGUUUACCUGAAAGUUUAUAACUUUACUAUUACUACUUCAAAGUUCUAUACACUGUCAUAGAUAGCACUAUUCACCAUUUUUCUUUUCCAUUUUCUAGUAAACUCUUAGUUAAUGUAAGAUCUUUUACUUUACUUUGUUAAUGCCUUUGUUUUAACUUAAUUUCAGCUUCAUGGUUGUGCUGUGAGUGUGAUAUUUCUUAGUAAUGGUUUUUUUAGCUCUAAAUUUGAAAAGGGUAUGUGUGUUUUUUUUCCUCACUAUUUUGAUGGGUUUUGUAUUUUUUAGGGUUUGUUUAAACAAUGACUCAAAUGGGUUAUGUGUGAAGUUUUUUAUCUUGUGAUUAGUUGGAAAAAAAAUUGAAUCUUGGGUGUUGUUGUGGUCUACACGGAGAGUGAUUUUUGGUAGUUGUCAUUUUGAUAUUUUUUUUUCUAUAUGUGUGGUUGAGAGUUUAACACCACAUAGUAUGAUAGUAGUAUUGAGUUAUGAUCUUGUCUAACAAUAUUUUAGUAGAUUUUUGUUUGUUACAUUCUGGUGGGUUGAUUCUUCAGAUUUUCAGUUUGAGUUUUUUUUAUAUAUUGCAACUUGUUGAUGUAUGAUUGUUCAUUAAUUAAUUAGUUAAUUAAUAUAUUAAACUUCAUAUUUGUGAUCUUGUUCAUUUAUUCCAUACUUGGCAAAAGAUUCUUGUUGUCUACAGUUUUGGUGGUUUUUUCAACUGAUACCAAGAUGCUGUUUUCAGUUGAAGGUUUUCAAACUUCAACGGGAUGUUUGAAUUAGGAAUCACAAACUGAGUAGCAGUGAAGUUUUUUUUGUUUGAGUUAUCAUCUUCUUAGAGGAAAGUAGAUCUUAUAUUGUCAAAGAUGAAGUUUAUGAAACUUGGUUCCAAGCCAGAUACCUUUCAGACUGAUGCCAACAACAAUGUUAGGUAUGUGGCUGGUGAUUUGGCAUCAGAUAUCGUUGUUAGCAUAGGGGAUAUGAAGUUUUACUUACACAAGUUUCCUCUCAUAUCGAAGAGUUCUCACUUACAGAAGUUGAUCUCCCUCAAUAACGAAGAAAACAUAGAUGAAAUUCAAAUUUCCGACAUUCCUGGUGGUGCAAGUGCCUUUGAGAUAUGUGCUAAGUUUUGCUAUGGCAUGACUGUUACCCUUAAUGCUUACAAUGUGAUUGCCACUAGAUGUGCAGCAGAGUAUCUUGGAAUGCAUGAAAACAUCGAGAAAGGAAACCUUCUUUACAAGAUCGAUGUUUUCCUUAACUCUAGCAUUUUUCGUAGUUGGAAGGAUUCAAUCAUCAUUCUUCAGACUACAAAGUCCAUGUUACCCUUGGACGAGGAGCAAAAGGUUGUUACUCGUUGCAUUGAAUCUAUAGCAAACAAGGCGUCUGUUGAUGUGUCCAAAGUUGAUUGGUCUUAUUCGUAUAACAGAAAAAAGCUUCCGGAGGAAAAUGGGAUUGAGUCAAACCAAAAUGGAGUCAGAACUCGACAUGUGCCAAAAGACUGGUGGGUUGAAGAUUUAUCUGAGCUUGAAGUUGACAUGUAUGAAUCUGUGAUUAAAAAUAUCAUAACCAAGGAAAUUCAAACUAAUGAUGUAAUUGGCGAAGCCUUGAAAGCUUAUGCUUACAGAAAGUUGCCAAAUUUCAGCAAGGGUAUGGUCCCAUGUGGGGAUGUGUCGAAGCAUCGGUUGAUAGUUGAAACUAUUGUGAAGUUGUUGCCUUCUGAGAAAGGCAGUGUUUCGUGUCGGUUCUUAGUCAAGUUAUUGAAAGCUGCAAUUUUUGUAGAAUCAGAAGAUAGGAUUAAAGAAGAGCUAGUAAAGAGAAUUGGCCAGCAACUGGAGGAGGCUUCGGUAAAUGAUAUUUUGAUUCGAGCACCAGAUGGUGAGACUACAAUGUAUGAUGUCGGUAUAGUACAAAACAUUGUAAGGGAGUUUCUUAUGAAAGAUCAUAAUUCUGAGAUUCAAUCGGUUGAAGGUGGUGAACUUGAGGGGAUUCUUAAGCCAGGAAUAUUAUCAGAUGCUUCUAAGCUGAUGGUUGCAAAACUCAUAGAUAGUUACCUUGCUGAAAUCGCAAAGGAUCCUAAUUUACCAUUGUCAGAUUUCGUUAAUCUUGCUGAGUUGGUCUCAAACAUCUCUCGUCCUGCUCACGAUGGCAUUUACAGGGCUAUUGACACAUAUUUGAAGGAGCACCCUGGGAUUAACAAAGGCGAAAAGAAGCGAAUAUGCAAGUUGAUGGAUUGCAGAAAGCUAUCAGUUGAUGCAUGUUUGCAUGCAAUACAAAACGAGAGGCUGCCGUCACGUGUAGUUGUGCAGGUACUAUAUUUCGAGCAAGUCAGAACCGCUGCAUCAUCAGGUACUAGCACUCCAGACAUAAUAACUAAAGGAAUCAAAGACUUGAGCAUUGGAUCCAAUGGUAGCUCAAGGUCCGGGACAACUAAUCCAGAAGACGACACAGACGGUUCAGCAACAGCCGAGGAACUAAAGGCAUUAAGAAAGGAACUUGCGUCGUUGAGACUAAGUAACGGAGUUGGAAACAGUUUCAAAGACGGAGAUGCUAAACCAAAAAUGGAUAAGGCUGUUAUUGGGAAGAUGAAAGGGUUGUUGAAGUCAAAGAAGUCUUUCAUUAAGCUAUGGGCAAGCAAAGGUGGACAUGGUGAAAAUAGUGGUUCGGAUUCAUCCGAGAGUAUUGGUUCUGCUAACCCUGAAGAAGUUAAAUCUACACCAUCAAGAAAUAGGAGGCAUUCAGUUUCCUAAAAAAGUAGUUGUUGGUUAAUUUUCUUGGUUUUCUGCAGUUGUUUCUUUACUUUCUUUUUUUGGGUUAGUUUCUUUAUGUUAAGAGGACCUCAAAACUAGUGGUUUAUCUCUUUUUCUAAAUUAAGGGCUCGUUCAGUGUGAUAGUAAGUUUUUGGUUUAUGGUUUUGAAACUUAUUCAGGGUUUAUGAAAAUUUCAAAACGCAAAACCAAAAACUAAACCAUACCAAACGGAGCCAUGAGUAAAAGUACAUACAGUUUAAAAUAGUAAAAUUGUGAAGAAUGUAAUUCAUGUAAUCCAUGGCAUCUAUCCUAUCAAAGUAGUUAAAAAAAAAAAAGGAAGUCCAAUAGAUUAAUGGAAAAGUAUCGAAGGAGAUGAUUUACUGAUAUAUGUGGGAUUAAUUUUACUGAUA